UAAAACUGUCAGUUGGGACCUCCCUCUCUUCAGUCUCCACCAACCGUCACACUGUCCAAUAUUCUCACCUCAGCCAUCGCGCCGCCGCACUGUCCCUUCACCGUCGACAAUCCACAUUCUCCACCACCAUGAAACCCCCUAGACUCUUAUCUGCAAGGCCAACCAACACAUUUUUCAUAACCACCUCAAAAUUGGCUCCAAAUGCGAGAAGGGUUUGUGAGUUCGGGCAAUCUGGGGUCAGAUUUCCGGCGACAAUGACUACCAGAUCUAGACCCAACACCCUCUCUUCUGUGCGCUCUCUGUCACAGGCCAUCGAGCCAGACACUGGGUCUGGUCCUGCCGCGGGUUUCCCCGGGAAGUUGCAAGAAUUUGAGGAGAACAUAGAGAAGGCUAUUUACAGGUGCCGGUUCUUGGCAAUUUUUGCAGUUUGGGGGUCUUUGGUUGGGUCUUUCCUGUGUUUCAUCAAGGGCAGCACUUAUGUUGUGGAAUCUUUCAAACAGUACCUUGUGAACCGGGUGAAGGUGAUUUUCUUGCUGGUUGAGUCCAUUGAUGUUUAUCUUUUGGGGACUGUGAUGUUGGUCUUUGGCAUGGGUCUCUAUGAACUCUUCAUCAGUACUCUUGAAAUUGCCAAGUUAGAGUCGGAGGAAAAUAUUCCAUACAGAUCAAAUCUUUUUGGCCUCUUCGCUCUAAAGGAACGGCCAAAAUGGUUAGAAAUAAAAACUAUCAAUGAGUUGAAAACCAAACUUGGGCAUGUAAUAGUGAUGCUUCUUCUUAUUGGGUUGCUUGACAAGAGUAAGAAGGCAGUUAUACACUCUCCAGUGGAUUUGCUUUGCUUCUCAGCUUCUGUAUUACUUUCCUCUGGUUCCCUGUAUCUUCUAUCAAAGCUCAAUGGCUCAAACUGAUAUCAAAUACAGUCUAGGUAAGUAUCUCGAAAACUAUUGUGGGAAGUAAUUAAGUGGUAGUGUAUAAUGAAUGUGAACUGAUGUGUAUGUGAUAUAUUAUAUAAUGCAUAUACUAAUACUAUAUAUUGAGUCUUUGAUCAGAUUACAUGUGCUUCAUAUUUGUGUCAUGUAGCCUGGGCUCACUGAGCCCACUGGAUAACAUGUUUGGUUGUGAUUUUGUUUUCUGUUUUUUGUUU